CAAUUCAAUCAUCAUCUUCUACCUCUGCUCCAAUUUCUCUGAAAACAAGAAAACCUUAAUCAAUCGAAAUCUCAGUGUAACUAAUCAAUGGAGAUCAAGCCUGGUUUAUCCGCUCUCGUCACUGGCGGCGCCUCUGGGAUCGGUCGAGCUCUCUGCUUAGCUCUUGCAGAGAAAGGAGUUUUUGUAACAGUCGCUGAUUUUUCGGAGGAGAAAGGACAAGAGACUACUUCGCUUGUUCGAGAAGCGAAUGCCAAGUUUCAUCAGGGCUUAAGCUUUCCUUCUGCUAUCUUUGUGAAAUGUGAUGUGACUAAUAGAGGAGAUCUCCUCGCUGCUUUCGAUAAGCAUUUAGCCACAUUUGGAACACUUGACAUCUGUAUCAACAAUGCUGGGAUUAGCACUCCUUUAAGAUUUGAUAAAGAUGACACUGAUGGAUCUAAAUCAUGGAAACACACCAUUAAUGUCGAUCUGAUUGCAGUAGUUGAAGGCACACAACUUGCGAUCAAAGCUAUGAAAGCAAAACAAAAGCCUGGAGUUAUCAUUAACAUGGGAUCAGCUGCGGGUCUUUAUCCAAUGCCCGUUGAUCCUAUCUAUGCUGCCUCUAAAGCCGGUGUCGUAUUAUUCACUAGAUCAUUAGCAUAUUACAGGCGCCAGGGGAUUCGCAUCAAUGUGCUUUGCCCUGAAUUUAUCAAGACAGACUUAGCUGAAGCUAUUGAUGCUUCAAUACUAGAGUCAAUAGGCGGUUACAUGUCUAUGGACAUGUUGAUUAAAGGUGCUUUUGAGCUUAUAACCGAUGAGAAAAAGGCGGGGGCAUGUCUAUGGAUUACCAAACGCAGGGGUUUGGAGUAUUGGCCAACUCCAAUGGAAGAGACAAAGUACUUGGUGGGUUCAAGUUCCAGGAAAAGACCUUCUUUUAAAGUUUCUACAAAAAUAGAAUUUCCUCAAAGCUUCGAGAAAAUGAUUGUACACACCUUGUCUCACAAAUUCCGCAGUGCUACCCGCAUAGUCCGUGCACCACUACAAUUACCCAUUGGACCACACCAAGUUCUCCUGAAAAUCAUCUAUGCUGGUGUUAACGCAAGUGAUGUAAACUUCAGCUCAGGUCGUUACUUUACUGGUGGCUCCCCGAAGCUUCCCUUUGAUGCUGGAUUUGAGGGAGUUGGACUAAUUGCAGCAGUGGGAGAAUCUGUUAAGAAUUUGGAAGUUGGGACUCCAGCUGCUGUUAUGACGUUUGGAGCAUAUUCUGAAUACAUGAUAGUAUCUUCUAAGCAUGUUCUUCCUGUUCCAAGACCAGAUCCAGAAGUUGUUGCCAUGCUUACCUCGGGAUUAACUGCAUUAAUCGCCCUUGAAAAGCUGUAUGAUAUUCUUAAGUUGCUAGUUCAAUUAUCUCUGACAUUUUCUUUAUCUUAUGGGAAUUCACAGGCAGGACAAAUGAAAUCAGGUGAAACUGUACUUGUGACUGCUGCUGCAGGAGGGACUGGACAAUUUGCAGUCCAGCUUGCAAAGUUAUCAGGAAAUAAAGUGAUUGCUACUUGCGGGGGAUCAGAGAAGGCCAAGCUAUUGAAAGAGCUUGGGGUCGAUCGAGUCAUAGACUACAAAUCCGAGAAUAUAAAGACGGUCUUGAAAAAGGAGUUUCCGAAGGGUGUAAAUAUCAUCUAUGAAUCUGUAGGUGGUCAAAUGUUUGACAUGUGCUUGAAUGCUCUUGCUGUUUACGGACGACUCAUCGUGAUUGGAAUGAUCUCUCAGUAUCAAGGAGAGAAGGGAUGGGAACCUGCAAAAUAUCCAGGGCUCUGCGAGAAAAUUUUAGCAAAAAGCCAAACCGUGGCUGGUUUCUUUCUGGUGCAAUAUAGUCAACUGUGGAAACAAAAUCUUGACAAGUUGUUCAAUCUUUACGCUCUCGGAAAGCUCAAGGUUGGGAUUGAUCAGAAAAAGUUUAUAGGUCUAAAUGCUGUAGCAGAUGCUGUUGAAUAUCUGCAUUCGGGUAAAAGCACCGGAAAGGUUGUCGUUUGCAUUGAUCCCGCAUUUGAGCAGAAAACGUCGAGACUGUAAACAAAACAUCCACAAAGCAAAAUCCAGUUUGGGAGUCUAUACAUGAGUGGAGCUUUUCCUUUCUUCUUCUUCUUCUUCUUUGGAGGCAAAAAAGGGCUUAGUAAGUAGAGAGUUCUUUAAGCUUAUGUUUACAAUAAACAGAGGAGAAAGUUUUCUAAAAUCUAAAGUUAAACGUCAAAGUAACAUUUACACCAUCACAAAAAUAAAAGAAACAACUGAAUAAUAGGUUGCAUCGUUUAAGCAUCAAAUAUUAUUGUGUAUUUCUUUGACAAUUAACUAACUAAUAACGCAUUAUAUGAUUUUAAUGUGGAAAAUGGGUUUUUCUUUUUAUUAUUUGUUUAUUGUUGCCAUAAAUUUCUGAAGUCAGGUAUAAAACAAUAACAUGUAAUUUUGUUUACAUAAAAAAAUAAAAACAAGUAAAGUAUAUAAUAAAAGGGUAGUGUGAUGUAUUAAGAGUUUAUUGCAAAUAAGGCAUUUGUCUUAGAUAUAUAUUUUAUUUUAGGCAGAUUUAGGCACUUCUUUCCUGGGGAAAGUCGUUUUUACCCUUACAGAGAGAUGAUGUUGCUCUUUCUUUGUUGAUGAACUUUUACGUUUUACAUUAGAAAUCAAAAAUACUUGCGACCAACACCAACAACUUUGGAGUCAUUGAUUACAGAGUGAUGUCAGCGACGAUUAGAAAUUCAGACGACUAACAAUUGGUCCUCAUGAGAUGUGAAUGCGAUCUAGAUUUUUAACAUCCCACAUUUUGAGAUCUGGAAAAAAAAAACAAGAAACAAAAAAGUCCCAC